UGGAUGUGAGAUUUUAUGUCCAAUUAUAAGACAAGCGUGUGUAAUAGUGUUAGCAGUAUAAAACCUUAAUGUUUUUUGGCAUACUCGCCAUGCGUCUAUAAUUCACUUUCUACAACUCCAGCUCUUAACACAGUGAUGAACCAGUAUGCUAGGGAGGGGCAAAGACUGGUGUAGACGUUGCUUGGCGACAAGAGCUCCCAUGUUUGUCAACAGCUAUCGGUUACACUAGCUAGCUGGGUUAGCACAUGUUUCUUGAUUAGACAAACAUGUAUCUUGUCUGAUUAUCUGAGCGCUGUUACUGCGCUUUCGUGACGACUAACUCCACUGGCCAUGAUUCUGUCCAGAGUAAAGCCAGCAGCUGUUGGUGGGGAGAUCCCAGUAAAUAAGAAGACAAAAGAAAAAAAGCCACCACUUGUGGAGGACUUCCUAAUUCAAAGAGACUAUCUGGGGGCCAUUACAUUGUUGGAGUUUCAGCGCAAUGUUGGCGAGCGAGGGGAGGAUGCAGACCUGUGGUUGGCCUACUGUGCUUUCCACCUUGGUGACUACAAGAGAGCCAUGGAGGAAUACAAGGCCCUGACAGACAAACCAGACUGCCGCCCAGAUGUGUGGGUCUACCUGGCCUGUACUCUCUUCUUCCUUGGGCUUUACAAAGAAGCAGAGGAGGCUUCACGCAAGGCCCCUAAAUGCCAGCUGCAGAAUCGAGUACUGUUCCAUUUGGCUCACAAGUUCAAUGAUGAGAAGCAGCUGAUGGGUUUCCACCAGGAGUUGGAGGAUGUGACAGAGGACCAGCUCAGCCUGGCCUCCAUCCACUACAUGCGCUCCCACUACCAGGAGGCCAUCGACAUCUACAAACGCAUCCUGCUGCAGAACAGAGAGAAGAUAACGGAGACUGGAGAGGAGGCUAGUGACUGCUUAUGCAGAGACUUCCUGGCCCUGAAUGUGUAUGUGGCUCUGUGCUACUACAAGCUGGACUACUACGAUGUGUCCCAGGAGGUGCUGGCUGUUUACCUGCAGAGCGUCCCAGACUCCACCAUCGCUCUCAACCUCAAGGCCUGCAACCACUUCAGGCUCUACAACGGAAAAGCAGCAGAGACUGAGCUGGAAAACCUGAUAGAUAUCUCCUCCAGCUCCUUUGAGUUUGCCAAGGAGUUAAUCCGACACAACCUGGUGGUGUUUCGUAGUGGGGAGGGGGCCCUGCAAGUGCUGCCUGCACUGAUUGAUGUCAUUACUGAGGCUCGUCUCAAUCUGGUCAUCUACUACCUCAGACAAGAUGAUGUCCAGGAGUCCUACCAGCUCAUCAAAGACUUAGAACCCACCACACCACAGGUUCAGGGCAGUGUUAGUCUUAAUGUACAUCAGCGUACAGAGUACAUCUUGAAGGGGGUUGUGAAUGCUGCACUCGGACAGGAGAUGGGGUCGACAGAUCAUCUGAAGAUUGCUCAGCAGUUUUUCCAGCUGGUUGGUGGCUCAGCUAGCGAAUGUGACACUAUCCCUGGCAGACAGUGCAUGGCUUCUUGUUUCUUUCUGCUCAGGCAGUUUGAAGAUGUGCUCAUCUACCUCAAUUCUGUCAAGAGUUACUUCUACAAUGAUGACGCAUUCAACUUCAACUAUGCACAGGCCAAAGCUGCUGUUGGCAACUACAGGGAGGCAGAAGAGAUCUUCCUGUUGAUUCAAAAUGACAAGAACAAGAGUGACUAUGUGUACCUGAGCUGGCUGGCACGCUGCUACAUUAUGAACCAGAAGGCCCGUCUGGCCUGGGAGCUCUACAUGAAGAUGGAGACCUCAGCAGAGUCCUUCAGCCUCCUGCAGCUCAUUGCCAACGAUUGCUACAAGAUGGGCCAGUUCUACUACUCAGCAAAGGCAUUUGAUAUCUUGGAGAGAUUGGACCCCAACCCUGAGUACUGGGAGGGCAAAAGGGGAGCCUGUGUGGGUAUCUUUCAGCUAAUUUUGGCAAGCAGAGAACCCAGGGAGGCCUUGAGGGAAGUGCUGCCCUUGCUGAGGACCACUGGGAAUCCUCAGGUGGAAUACAUCAUCAGGAUUCUGAAGAAAUGGGCCAAGGAUAACAGGGUUUCUCUGUGAUGUUAUGAUUCCUUACGUAAAAUGCAUAGCCUAUAUGAAGAAAAGGGUCCUUUGGGCAAACUGACAGUCAAAUGCAAAAAUUCACCAUAAGUGCCAGUUUGUUCAUUAUUCAUUAAUCUCUUUCCUGUUUGUUAUUUUGCUAGUACAUUGUAUUGGUGUCGUUUUUAUGCACAUUUAUUCUGUACAUACUUUCCUAUGUGAAUAAAUAUUUAAAUAUUAUACCA